UCGAAGUUCUGGAUAAAAAGGCACUAAGCUGCUCUCACAGCUCCUUCUAACAGAAAUGGCAGAAGUCAAGCUCUUUAGAACAUGGUCAAGCCCUUUUGCUUUGAGAAUAGUUUGGGCACUGAAGCUCAAAGAUGUCCAGUAUGAUACCAUCUUUGAGGAUCUCUCAAAUAAAAGCCCUUUGCUUCUUCAAUACAACCCUGUUCAUAAGAAGGUUCCAGUACUUGUGCACAAUGGAAAAUCAGUCGCUGAAUCAUUUGUGAUCCUUGAAUAUAUUGAAGAAACAUGGAAACAUAACCCUUUGCUGUCUGAAGAUCCUCAUGAAAGAGCUGCUGCACGCUUUUGGGCCAAAUUUGGUGAUGAAAAGGUUUUGACAUCUAUUUGGGAAGCCUUUAUAAGUGAAGGGGAAAAGCAAGAGGAAGGUAUUGUGAAGGCUAAGGAGAAUUUGAAGUAUUUGGAAGGAGAGCUAAAUGGGAAGAAAUUCUUUGGGGGAGAGCAGAUUGGAUUUGCAGAUAUUGCACUUGGAUGGCUUACAGAAUAUGUGGAUGUGUUUGAAGAGGUAACUAGCAUGAAAUUGAUAACAGAAGGUGAGCUUCCAUUGUUAUCAGAAUGGAAAAAGAGUUUUGCAGAUGCUCCUAUAAUCAAAGAGAACUUUCCUCCCAGAGACAAACUUGUCACCAAAUUUCAGGCUCUCCGUGAGACCAACCUCUUGAAAAAUGUAACUAAAUGAAAUGGUUUGUCGCAAAAGAGGUGUAUUAUGAGUCUAAACCAUAAAGAACUAGGGUCUUAUGAGUCAAUAUCACCAGGGCUCUGUAUCUAUUGUAUGACAAUAACACUGUAAUCCAUAAAAUGGAAUUUUCUUGUGUGCCAAAUGUAAUUCAAAUUUUAAUUUCAUAUAAUCAAAACGCAUAUAAAGUUCCCAGUUUUCAACUAAUUC